UACCGAGCUUAAAAAAACCUAAACACACAGGGACACAAACCGUUAAAACCUGCAAAUCUCUUACAAAGUCAAACAUAGUUUUAAUUCAUCUCUUUCACACACACAUGCAUAAUUAUUGAAUCUCCAAUUUGCUUUUAAUUUUUCUUCAUUGAAAUAUGAAGAUUGUUCGUAGAGACCUUGUUCCUGAUGGCCCUGGUAGUGUCAAGAUAAUUCCAGAAGAAGCUGAUGAUUUAUGGGUUGCUUAUAAUCUGAUAGCUGAAGGUGAUACUGUCUUAGCUGUUACUGUCAGGAAGGUCUUAAGGGAAGCUGCUUCUGGAGGAAGAGAUGCUGAACGAGUGAAACUGAAAUUGGAAAUUAAAGUCGAGAAUGUUGAGUAUGACAAAGAAGGUUCUGCCUUGCGUAUUCGUGGGAAGAAUAUCCUGGAGAAUGAACAUGUAAAGAUAGGGGCCUUUCACACUCUGGAAAUUGAGCUACACAGACCUUUUGUGCUAAGAAAGGUGGUCUGGGACUCACUGGCAAGGGAGGUUCUUCGUCAAGCUUCUGAUCCUUCUGCAAGCGCUGAUCUAGCUGUGGUUCUGAUGCAAGAAGGAUUGGCACACAUACUUCUUAUUGGCAAAAGCGUGACUAUUACUCGUUCUCGUAUAGAGACUUCUAUACCACGCAAGCAUGGACCAGCUAUUGCAGGUUAUGAUAAGGCGUUAAAUAAGUUCUUUGACAAUGUUCUACAGGCCUUUGUCAAGCAUGUUGAUUUCAAAGUAGUUCGCUGUGCUGUGAUUGCAAGUCCAGGAUUCACCAAGGAUCAGUUUCAUCGUCACCUGUUGUUGGAAGCCGAGAGGAAGCAGCUACGACCUAUAAUAGAAAAUAAGUCACGCAUACUUCUUGUCCAUACAACCUCGGGAUACAAACAUAGUUUGAAAGAGGUUAUGGAUGCCCCAAAUGUAAUGAAUAUGAUAAAAGAUACAAAAGCAGCCAAAGAGGUUCAAGCCCUAAAGGAAUUUUUCAACAUGCUUUCAAAUGAUCCUGAUCGUGCAUGCUAUGGACCAAAGCACGUUGAAGUUGCUCACGAGCGAAUGGCUGUCCAGACACUUCUCAUUACUGACGAUCUCUUUAGGAGUUCUGAUGUAGCGACGAGGAAAAAGUAUGCUAAUCUGGUUGAUUCAGUCAAGGGUUCAGGUGGUACUGCUCUCAUUUUCUCUUCAAUGCAUGUUUCAGGAGAACAACUGGCACAGCUAACUGGCAUUGCUGCAAUCCUUCGUUUUCCUUUGCCGGAACUGGAAGACAUUGAGAUGUGAUGGAAGAAAUGCCUGUUCAUCAGUAAUGAAUGUUAUGUCCACACUUAAAAUUGCCACACACACCAAAACAGGCUGUUCACUAUAAAAUAAAGUGAGAACACAGAAGUAGUAAUGCGUUAUUAGGAGUGGAUAGCAUCAUUAACUGAUGUUGGGGUCGUGUUGUUGUAUAUUCGAGUUUUGUCCUGAUUAUUAAUUGACAUGUAAUAUAUCGUUGGCUAUCGAGGUGUACUAUAUUGUUGUAAUGGUAUUUUUGAUCGCAUAGUUGUCCUUGCAAGAGCCCAUUUUAAUGUAUUCAUUGCUUUCUUUUCCA